ACGGGCAGCGCGCACUCCGAGGCGGCUGCUCUAGGUCGCGGGCUGGGACCGACAGGCUCCGCGAGCCCAGAGCACCCCGCAAGCUGUGUGCAGGACGCGCCCCCACCACACCCACCUCACGGCCGCUGGAUGAGGCUUCCAGGCGUCCCCUCACUGCCCGCACUGCCCUGCCGGAGGUCCGCCCUCUGAGGCGCGGCCAGUGCGCCGGCAGCCAGUGCGCUCACCUGCCAGACUGCGCGCCAUGGGACAACCCGGGAAUCGCACCGUCUUCUUGCUGGCGCCCAACGGAAGCUAUGCCCCGGACCAAGACGUCACGCAGGAACGGGACGAGGCGUGGGUGGUGGGCAUGGGCAUCGUCAUGUCGCUCAUCGUCCUGGCCAUCGUGUUUGGAAACGUGCUAGUCAUCACAGCCAUCGCCAAGUUCGAGCGUCUGCAGACGGUCACCAACUACUUUAUCACCUCCCUGGCCUGUGCUGACCUGGUCAUGGGCCUGGCGGUGGUGCCCUUUGGGGCCAGCCAUAUCCUCAUGAAAAUGUGGUCUUUUGGCAAUUUCUGGUGCGAGUUUUGGACUUCCAUUGACGUGCUGUGCGUCACGGCCAGCAUCGAGACCCUGUGCGUGAUUGCAGUGGAUCGCUACUUUGCCAUCACAUCACCUUUCAAGUACCAGAGCCUGCUGACCAAGAAUAAGGCCCGGGUGGUCAUUUUGAUGGUGUGGAUCGUGUCAGGCCUUACCUCCUUCUUGCCCAUCCAGAUGCACUGGUACCGGGCCACCCACCCAAAAGCCAUCAAGUGCUAUGCCAAGGAGACCUGCUGUGACUUCUUCACGAACCAAGCUUAUGCCAUUGCCUCUUCCAUCGUGUCCUUCUAUCUGCCCCUGGUGGUCAUGGUCUUCGUCUACUCCAGGGUCUUCCAGGUUGCCAAAAGACAACUCCAGAAGAUCGACAAAUCUGAGGGCCGCUUCCAUGCCCAGAACCUCAGCCAAAUGGAGCAGGAUGGGAGGAGUGGGCAUGGACAUCGUAGGUCCUCCAAGUUCUGCUUGAAGGAACACAAAGCCCUCAAGACUUUGGGCAUCAUCAUGGGCACGUUCACCCUGUGCUGGCUGCCCUUCUUCAUUGUCAACAUUGUGCAUGUGAUCCAGGAUAACCUCAUCCCUAAGGAAGUUUACAUCCUCCUAAACUGGGUGGGCUAUGUCAACUCUGCCUUCAAUCCCCUUAUCUACUGUCGGAGCCCGGAUUUCAGGAUUGCCUUCCAGGAGCUGCUGUGCCUGCGCAGGGCUUCUCUGAAGGCCUAUGGGAAUGGCUACUCCAACAGCAAUGACAGAUCUGACUACGCAGGGGAGCAGAGUGGAUAUCACCUGGGGCAGGAGAAAGACAGCAAACUGCUGUGUGAGGAUGCCCCAGGCACAGAAGACUUUGUGAACUGUCAAGGUACUGUGCCUAUUGAUAGCGUUGAUUCACAAGGGAGGAAUUGUAGUACAAAUGACUCACUGCUCUAAUGCGGUUUUUCUACUUUUUAAGAAUCCCUCCCCCCCAACAAAACACUAAACAGACUAUUUAACUUGAGUGUAAUAAAUUUAGAAUAAAAUUGUAUAGAGAUGUGCAGGAGGAAGGAUAGCCUUCUGCUUUUCUUUUUUAUUAUUAUUAUUUUUCUAAGCUGUAAAAAAGAGAAAACGUAAUUGAGUGAUUGUUUCUUGUACAGUUCAGUUCCUCUUUGCAUGGAACUUGUAAGUUUAUGUCUGAAGGGCUUCAGUCCCAGAGGACCUGGGGCUGCUAUGUUUCGAUGACUUUUCUGACUAUCUACCUCAUUGGUCGAGUAUUAGGGGUAAUAUAUUGCUGCUGGCAAUUUGUAUCUGAAGGAAACCUUCCUUCCUGCACCCUUGGCCUGGAGGACCCGGAGUCUUGUGGACCUUGCAGCUGUGAACAUGGACUCUCCCCGCUCCUCUUAUUUGCUGAAACAGGGUGUUGUAGGCAGGGAUUUCAGGGGGAGCUUCAGUUGUUUUCCUGAGCAAAGUCUAAAGUUUACAGUAAAUAAAUUGUUUGACCAUGACUUCAUUGCA